AAUGACCGAGAGUGACCUCAGCCUCCGCAGCAGCAGGACCCUGGACCGGACCGGACGGUACAAUAAAUAGCACGCGGGGAGCGAUGGCCGGUAUUUUCGGCAAGAUAUUCGUGGGCAUUUAUGUGGAGAUUAAGCGAAGCGACGGACGAAUACACCAGGCCAUGGUCACAUCUCUGCACGAAGACAACGACAGUGUGACGGUGGAGUGGAUCGAGAACGGGGACACCAAAGGGAAAGAGAUCGACCUGGAGAGCGUCUUUGCUCUGAACCCAGAUCUGGCUCCCGAUGAAGAAAUACCUCAGAGUCCAGAGGCUCCUCUUCCUCCCUCCAGUGUCGCCAAAACCAGCAAGGUCCCCAAGGCCAAACGUGCCACAGCCAUACCCAAACCUGAAAAUGCUCCACGGGAGAACAGAGCUGCAUCUGUGGGAACCACCAGAGCUCGACCCAGCCAGCAGAGCCAACCUGCAGAGCCGCCUCCACCCUCCAUCACUGCCCAAUCUGCAGCCAACCAGUCGCUGAUGCAGCUGCAGAACGCACGCCGAAAAUCCAACUGUGUGAAGGAGGUGGAGAAACUGCAGGAGAAACGGGAGAAGAGGCGUCUGCAGCAGCAGGAACUCAGAGAGAAGAGAGCUCAGGAGGUGGACGUUCAGUUACCCAACUAUGAGAUUAUGUGUAUGAUCCGAGACUUCAGAGCCAGCCUGGACUACAGACCUUUAACCACAAACGAUCUGAUCGACGAGCACCGAAUAUGUGUGUGUGUCCGUGCACGCCCCCUCAAUAAAAAAGAGAUUUCCAUGAAGGAUCUAGACGUGAUCACCAUUCCCAGUAAGGACGUUGUGAUGGUCCACGAGCCCAAGCAGAAAGUUGAUCUGACCCGUUACCUGGAGAACCAGACGUUCCGGUUUGACUACGCUUUUGACGAGAACUCCACCAACGAAAUGGUUUACCGGUUCACGGCUCGGCCGCUGGUGGAGACCAUUUUCGAGCGGGGGAUGGCGACCUGCUUUGCGUACGGCCAAACUGGAAGUGGAAAAACACACACAAUGGGAGGUGACUUUUCUGGAAAGAACCAGGACUGCUCCAAGGGUGUCUAUGCACUGUCUGCCAGAGAUGUUUUUCUCAUGUUGAAGAAACCGGCUUAUAAGAAGCUGGAUCUGCAAGUUUUUGCCACAUUUUUUGAGAUUUACAGCGGAAAGGUGUUUGACCUGCUCAACCGUAAAUCCAAGUUACGGGUCCUGGAGGAUGGUAAACAACAGGUGCAGGUUGUGGGGCUGCAGGAAAGGGAGGUGAAAGGCACUGAAGACGUCCUCAAACUCAUCGAAAUGGGGAACAGCUGCAGGACGUCCGGUCAGACGUCAGCGAACGCUCACUCCUCCCGCAGCCACGCCAUCUUCCAGAUCAUCCUGCGCCGGCGAGGGAAAAUGCACGGAAAGUUUUCCCUCAUCGACCUGGCGGGAAAUGAGAGAGGGGCGGACACAUCGAGCGCCGACCGUCAGACUCGACUGGAAGGAGCAGAAAUCAACAAGAGCCUGCUGGCGCUCAAGGAGUGCAUUCGAGCUCUGGGCAGAAACAAACCUCACACGCCCUUCAGAGCCAGCAAGUUAACCCAAGUGCUGCGAGACUCGUUCAUCGGAGAAAACUCCAGGACAUGUAUGAUAGCGACCAUCUCUCCGGGGAUGGCGUCCUGUGAAAACACCCUGAACACGCUGAGAUACGCCAACAGAGUGAAGGAGUUUGGGAUCAGUCCAUCAGACAUUCCUUUCUCCCACGGCGGUGGCGGCAGCGGAGGAGGAAGCCGCACUGAACUCUCCCCGUCGUACGAUGUGAAGGAGCUCGCGGUGGACCCUGCAGCAGCCAUGGAGUACCAUCAGGGUGGGCCCAUCAACCAGCUGGAGGUCCUGGAGGCUCAGUGGGGAGUCGGGAGCUCGCCACAGAGAGACGACCUGAAGCUGCUCUGUGAACAGAACGAGGAGGAGGUUUCCCCACAGCUCUUCACCUUCCACGAAGCCGUGUCUCAGCUGGUGGAGAUGGAGGAGCAGGUGCUGGAGGACCACAGGGCGGUCUUCCAGGAGUCGAUCCGCUGGCUGGAAGACGAGAAGGUGCUUUUAGAAAUGACAGAGGAGGUGGACUACGAUGUGGAAUCAUAUGCAACUCAACUGGAGCAGAUCCUGGAUCAGAAGAUAGACAUUCUCACCGAGCUGAGAGACAAAGUCAAAUCUUUCCGUUGUACUCUCCAGGAAGAGGAACAAGCUAGCAAACAAAUAACCCCCAAAAGGCCUCGGGCGUUCUAGGUCCAUCAGAUACAACGCUUUGUCCUGAGACAGGUGGAACCCUGCCACGAGGAGGUCCCUGUUGAUGAAGGAGCUGAUUUAACUCAGCUGUGAUUUUGAGACUGGACUGUCCCUUCGUUCAGUCUCCUCCCAUCAUCCAUCUGUCCAUCCGUCCGGCUGUUGUCGCUCUGCCAUCCUCCUGUCAAAUGUAUCUGCAAGGUUUUGGUGUUCGGUCACAAGUGCUUCAUUGAAAAAUAAAUAAAAGUGUAUUAUGAUUUGUUUUUCAAUGAAUUUUUUUAUAGCAUCAAUCAUAGUCAUAUCAAUUAUAUCUUCACCUGGGCCAAUUUUAUAAACAGCUGUUGCCAUUUUGUGCAAUAUGUGGAGGUUUUUUUUCCUGCUCUUCUCCUCGUUUCAGCUGGGGGGAGGGCGGGUGCAGGCAUGUGGAGGUUGUCUGUUAAAAAUGAAUAAAUAAAGUGCAACUGUGUGUUUGUGUUGAUGCGCUAUGUAAAAAUGUUUGAAACAAAUAACUUUAAAAUACUGUUAUGUCGCAUCAUUUAGCUAAAAGGGUGCACUAUAAUCAAAGAGAGCAUUUCAGGCACAAUUUACGAAAAGCAAUUUUUCAUUUGUGAAAA